AGGGGAUUGGAAUGCUACUAUGUAACAAUCGCAACUGGACGCUUCGGAUUAAAGCGCUGGAAUGUUACAUUGUAUCGUCGGCAAGCGUCGGAAGCGCUUUGAAUGAGCGUAACACGGAAUAGAAAAACGCGUUUGUGAUGUUUUCAAAACAACAACCGCUCGAUUCCAAAGGGGGAUUUAUUCCAGCCGUAAAAUAUGUGAGAACACACGGAUUUGUGGGGAUUUAUCCGGCCGGGAAGUUUGUGACAGGAUCUUUCUGACCCACACACAUCACGUGAGACCCGUCACUGGCGAAGUUCUCUGAUUCCCCGAGCCUGGAUGUCGAGAACACGUCUCUGAAAGUACUUUCUGAUGAUUCUCGUGGACCCGGAGCAGGUCAGGUGUCAUCAGACAGUAGUUUAGAUGCUGUCUAACGCGAACCAGGCACUGGAAAGGAGAGAGCUAGAUCCAUAACAAGGGGUUCAGGUCAAGUCGCCCACAUGCUCUGGAUUUGGGAUCGGAAUCACAAGGUGGAAGUCGAGAGCAUCAAAUCCCUGCAGGUCUGUGGAAGAAGAUGCUGUCCAGCAAGAGUUAAAACCUCCAGAUUCAUCAGCAAACCGCUCCAUCUGGACCUAAGGACACAUGCAGGCCAAAAAACGCUAUUUAAUUCUGUCCUCUGCAGGUGUGUGUCUCAUUCUCCUCUUUUACCUGCAGGGACCAUCUUCCAGAAGGAGUCCAAAUCAGCGGGAUGAUCCUCAUCCACACUGGCCUUCCUUCUCAGAUCCGCUCCGAGCUUUUAUUCCCUGGGAUCAGACCCAAGCCGAAGACUACAAUGUCCGAACUUCUCCGAGACACAGAAGAGAUGACAACCCUGCGUCUCACAAGUGCAGAAUGGACUCGUGCUUCGACUUCUCCCUGUGCAAGAAGAACGGCUUCAAAGUCUACGUCUACCCUCAACAGAAAGGUGAGAAGAUGUCUGAGAGCUACCAGAACAUCUUGUCCUCCAUCGAAGGGUCCAGGUUCUUCACUUCGGACCCGGGACAGGCUUGUCUCUUCGUUCUGAACCUCGACACCCUGGACCGAGACCAGCUUUCUCCUCAGUACGUUCACAACCUCAAAACCAAGAUCCAGAACCUGAACCUGUGGAAUAACGGGCGCAACCACCUGAUCUUCAACCUGUAUUCGGGCACAUGGCCGGAUUACACGGAGGAUCUGGGGUUUGAUAUCGGACAAGCCAUGUUGGCCAAAGCCAGCAUCAGCACCGAGAACUUCAGACCCAGGUUUGACAUCUCCAUCCCGUUGUUCUCCAAAGAUCACCCUCGGACUGGAGGAGAACGAGGCUAUUUAAAGUACAACACCAUCCCUCCGUUUAGGAAAUACAUGCUGGUUUUUAAAGGCAAGCGCUAUCUGACUGGGAUUGGAUCUGACACCAGGAAUGCGCUCUACCACGUCCAUAAUGCUGAAGAUGUGGUUCUGCUCACCACAUGCAAACAUGGCAAAGACUGGCAGAAACAUAAAGACGCUCGCUGCGACAAGGACAAUGCUGAAUAUGACAGGUACGACUAUAAAGAAAUGCUGCAUAACUCUACGUUUUGUCUCGUGCCGAGAGGACGGCGCCUGGGCUCUUUCCGCUUCCUGGAGGCUCUGCAGGCCGCUUGUGUGCCCGUCAUGCUCAGUAACGGCUGGGAGCUUCCCUUCUCAGAGAUCAUCGACUGGCGUACGGCUGCCGUCAUUGGGGACGAGAGACUUCUUCUACAGAUCCCAUCGACGGUUCGCUCCAUCCAUCAAGACCGCAUUCUGUCUCUCCGCCAGCAGACGCAGUUCCUGUGGGAAGCGUACUUCUCUUCGGUGGAGAAGAUCGUGCUCACUACAUUAGAGAUCAUCCAGGAUCGUGUGUUUCAGCACAACGGCCGCAGCACGCUAAUGUGGAACCGGCUGCCGGGAGGACUCUUCACCCUGCCACAAUACUCCUCAUAUCUGGGCGACUUCCCCUUCUUCUACGCCGAACUCGGUAUUAAACCACAGCAGAAAUUCACCGCCGUCAUUCACGCAGUGACGCCUCUCGUGUCUCAGUCGCAACCGGUUUUCAAGUUGCUAGUGGCUGUGGCCAAAUCACAGUACUGUGCCCAGAUCAUUGUCCUGUGGAACUGUGACAAGCCUCUUCCGGCGAAGCACCGCUGGCCCGUGACUUCGGUUCCAGUCGUCGUGAUCGAGGGCGAGAGCAAGGUGAUGAGCAGCCGAUUCCUGCCCUAUGACACCAUGAGAACAGAUGCAGUGUUGAGUCUGGAUGAAGACACUGUGCUCUCGACCACUGAGGUGGAUUUUGCCUUUACUGUUUGGCAAAGUUUCCCAGAGAGGAUUGUGGGAUACCCUGCGCGUAGCCAUUUCUGGGACUCUAACAAGGAGCGUUGGGGAUACACCUCCAAGUGGACCAAUGAUUACUCCAUGGUGCUGACCGGAGCGGCUUUCUACCACAGGUAUUAUAACUACUUGUACACACACUACCUGCCCGGCAGCCUAAAGACUAUGGUUGACCAUCUCUCGAACUGUGAAGACAUCCUCAUGAACUUCCUGGUGUCCGCCGUCACUAAGAUGCCGCCUAUCAAGGUCACGCAAAAGAAACAGUACAAGGAGACGAUGAUGGGACAGACGUCCCGGGCGUCUCGUUGGGCCGACCCGGACCACUUUGCCCAGCGGCAGACGUGCAUGAACAAAUUUGCCAGCUGGUUUGGCACGAUGCCCCUGGUCCAUUCGCAGAUGAGACUGGAUCCCGUUCUGUUCAAGGACCAGGUAUCGAUUCUGCGCAAGAAGUACAGAGACAUCGAGCGACUCUGACAAAUCCGGGAAACGCCUGAUGAACCGGAUCGACGGGGGCACGGAAAGCCUCCUGGAGGGAGCGCGUUGAGACGGGGCGGGGAGUGUUGUGUUCGAAGAAGAUUUGUCUACAAAUAUAUGGAAUCAAGAAGCUCAAUCGCAUUGACGUUGGCAUUCGGAUGAGUUUCACGCGAAGCUUUCUGUCUUCCACAGCCCCUCUUGUGAUGCUUAGCCAAUGACAGCGGUGACCAUGGCAACCUCGCCAGCCACACACACACACACACAGAGCCACAUGCACUCUGAAUAUGGACUAUUGCACAUGGGUUUAUCUGGAUCAUGUCAGAUGUGGGUUUUGCUGAGGUCGCCUGUAUGUUUGUUCAGUUCACCUUCCGCUGUUACGCCCCUCUUGUAAACGCAGGAUGUCGUGGAGAACGUCACAGUGCCUGAACUUUCAGAUGGACCGUAUCUGGGAGUCCGAAGGGGUUUUCUAUGAAUGCAUAAACACCUUGUUCAUGCUGCUUGUGUUUGGAUGCGGUUUAGGUGUUCCACUAAUUGGCCCAAAGGUUUCGUUUUUUUCUCUGUACAAGCCUUUUUGUGUAUUUUUUCCAAACUGACAUAAUUAUACUAGCCUAUUUUUUUUUUUUUGUUGUUGUUGAAGAUUUACACCUUGUCCUAAUCAGAUGCGAUACGAUAAGAUUUCAAUUUCAAAAGACAAGCAAUUUGUCUGUCCACUCCACACUAGACAAACUAAAAAAGCCAAUCAGAAGAGAGUGUGGGCGGAGGCUCUCUACUCAUAUCCAAAUCAAUCAAAAACCACAGCCAAUCAGAAGAGAGUGUGGGCGGAGUCUCUCUACUCACAACUAAAUCAAU